AUGGAACCAGUGUCAGAAGAUCAAUUAAAACAGAUGCUUAAAACUCAACUGGAAUACUACUUCUCGAGGGAAAAUCUGAUCCACGAUACAUAUCUUAAAUCUCAAAUGGAUACAGAAAUGUUUGUUCCUAUAGCAACAGUAGCUAAAUUUCCACAAGUGCAAAAAUUAACCAGUGAUUUAGAUCUAAUUAUCAGUGUAUUGAGAGAUUCUGUCAAUGUUCAAGUAGAUGACAAGGGAGAGAAAGUAAGACCAAAUCACAGUCGAUGUGUAGUUAUUUUAAGAGAAGUGCCAGAAACAACACCCGUUGAGGAUGUGAAGAACCUAUUCAAGGGAGAGAAUUGUCCCAAAUUUGUGAGUUGUGAAUUUGCUCAUAAUAGUAAUUGGUAUGUUACAUUUGAAUCUGAUGAAGAUGCUCAACAAGCCUAUCAAUAUCUACGUGAGGAAGUUCAGAAUUUCCUGGGUAAACCCAUCAUGGUAAGUUGGAAAUAUUUUUGGAGUUGGGGGAAGCAAUUCAAUGAAAUUUAA